AUGGGUGACACAAAGACAGACCUUCUCAUCAGCAACGGCACUUGCUACUAUGCGAAGGGAAAGCUGGCCGACAAUUACUUCAUUCCCUGCGGUAACGCCGCGUUUGGGCACAUUCAUUGCUGUUCGGCAGGAAACAAGUGCUUAGUCGACAACGCCUGCUACAGCGACGAGUAUGGAACGACGUACCUGGCGGCGUGCACCAACGAAAGCUACAGUGAUGAUCGCUGCCCCGACAAAAAAGCGUAUCGAGGUACGGCACCCUUGUGA